AUGUUGAACAUACAACGAAUGACGACGUCAAUUUAUUCGUAUCUAUCUAUCUAUCUAUCUAUCUAUCUAUCUAUCUAUCUAUCUAAUCAAUCCGUUUUAUCUAUCUAUUUAUCUAUCUAUCUAUCUAUCUCAGUGAAUUUAUAUCUAUUCUCUAUAGGCAGUCCGUUCUUAUCUAUCUAUCUAUCUAUCUAUCUAUCUAUCUAUCUAUCUAUCUGUCUCAGUCAAUUUAUAUCUCUCUGUCUAUCCAUAUCAGUCCGUUCUUAUCUAUCUAUCUCUCUAGCUAAGUUUGUUUAUCUAUCUAUCUAUCUAUCUAUCUAUCUAUCUAUCUAUCUAUCUAUCCUACGAGCUAAGUUUGUUAAUAUCUAUCUAUCUAUCUAUCUAUCUAUCUAUCUAUCUAUCUAUCUAAAUAUCCUAGACGAAUCUAUCUUAGUCUGUUCGAAUCUAUCUAUCUAUCUAUCUAUCUAUCUAUCUAUCUAUCUAUCUAUCUAUCUAUCUAUCUAUCUAUCUAUCUAUCCUAGUCGAGCUAAGUUUGUUAAUAUCUAUCUAUCUAUCUAUCUAUCUAUCUAUCUAUCUAUCGAUCCUAUGUGUUCGAAUCUAUCUAUCUAUCUAUCUAUCUAUCUAUCUAUCUAUCCUAGUGUGUUCGAAUCUAUCUAUCUAUCUAUCUAUCUAUCUAUCUAUCUAUCUAUCUGGCUAGCUAGCCCGAUAGCUAUUUCCUUCCCCGAUAAUAUCUUUGUAAACAUUUUUUAUGUUUCCUUUCUUUUUCCUCUAUUUUCAUCAACAUCAUUUCUAUCAGAUUCUCUCUCUCUCUUAUCCCCCUUCAUGACUCAAAUGUCAGUCACAAAAGAACGGCGAGAAGAAAAUUACAAAUCCAACAAUUGA